AUGGCGGCCUUUUCGGAACCCGGCAGCGGGGCUGUCCGGAGGUUGGGGAUCAAUGGAGUGGGUGGCUGGCUGGUCGGGAUGGCCCGCAGCCACGAUCUCCACCCCAACGUGGACGCAGCGGGUGCCGUGUUAGCCGGACCCUGUUACGAACCAGAUCUCGCUGGGCCUGUUCCGCCUCGUGCCGGCAUCGACCCACAGCCGGCCGACGCGGCUGCUUACGCCACCCCCGAGUGA